AUGCACAAACUGCAAGGUAUAGUAAAAGGCGUCGAAACUGUUUCUGUUCCGCCAAGUCAUGACGCGCCAGCUGCCGAAACCGAAAGUUAUCAAAAGAAACUUAUCAAAUACGAAGAACGCGAUUCACUAUUGCAAUGCGUCAUAGGAUGUAGCGUGUCCGCCGAACCGAAACGGCAUAUUCUCACUGCCAAAUCUGGUAAGGAAAUGUGGGAUAAUCUUCACUCGGUCUACGAGCAGAAGAAUGAGAGAAGACUCGAUUUAUUGUACUGCCAGUUGUUUACCUAUACGAAAGAUGAAGCUGAUGAUAUUGCUAUGCACGUCUCUAAGCUACAUACAUUAUGGCAACAACUCAACGACGAAUUAAAGGAAGAAGGAGCACUCCCUCAAUCAUUACUUAUGAACAGGAUUUUGAAUACCUUACCUUCAGCAUACCUCGAGUUCAAAAAUGCUUGGGAGUCAGUGCCUAAAGAUAAUAGAAAUAUCUCCACCCUCAUGGAGCGUCUGCGUCUUCACGAGCAGCGCCUUGGAGAUCUUGGUACUAAUCCUUCUACAUCUAUAGGUAUGUCUGAAGAAGCUCUCAUGUCAAGUAAAUCGAAUGUUAAAUGUACACACUGCAACAAAAUCGGACAUAAGCGAUCGGCUUGUUUCUUGCUCAAGAAAUCUAAGAAGCGAAACAAUAAACAGAUACCUGCGAGUAACGAGUCCACUCCGAAUGAUGGAGAUGCGUUCCUGUCUCGUCUUAGCGAUCCAAGCCCAAACUGGAUCGUUGACUGGUGCGUCUCAUCAUGUCACGUCUAG